GGCUGACCGUAGCACGAACAUUGUCACUCACAAAUCAUCGCCGCUGCUAUGGGGGUGUGUUGAGAUUAGAAGAAAGACACAUUAUCAGGCUCAACUAACGGUUUAUGGAUUUCAUGAUGAUGAAGAAAAAGAAAUUCAAGUUUAAAGUGGAUUUCGAGCUGGAUGAGCUCUCCUCCGUCCCCUUUGUCAACGGUGUCCUGUUUUGUAAAGUCCGACUCCUUGACGGAGGUUUCUCCGAGGAGUCGUCUCGGUAAGAAUGCUAACGUUAACUGCUAGCUAGCAAGCAACUCAAUGCUAGAUAAUGUUUUAUUAUCUUGUACCUGUGUCUAUUAUCUGUUACGUUCAGACUUUUCAACAUUAGGCAAUAGCCAUACAUUGAUAGCUAGCUAGGUAUAACAUUGUUACCGUAACCUAGAUAACGUUAGCUAGCUGCCAGGCUAGCAACCGUCAUCUGACUAGCACCAUCAUCACAUCAGUGCACAGCUUCGGCUGUAAACAAUGCCAGGCAGGAUCGGCAUGUAUAGUUAGCAAGGAAGGUACUGCCUAACCCUGUCGUUAGCAUGCACAAUAAAUGUCUGUCUGCAAGGAUGAUGGAGUGGAGAGAGUCACAAGUAGAAGAAAAAAAAAAGUGUUACAUUUGAGAACAGUGUCAGUAUCGCACUACAUGGUGCAUGACAUGGUCAAAGUCCAGGCUCAGUAAAUGGGUGAUAGAUAAAUAAUAAAUAAAGAGGCAAAACUUUACAUUAGUGUCUGUAUUACUGUGUAAUUAUUCCUCUAAGUAGAGUGUGACAACCACUGACUGGGUUCAUAGGGUGCACAGUGCACUCGUUUGGUUUUAUGAUGAAUGAUGUGAGUUCCUUUCCCAGAGUGGAUUAUAUUAGAUUUCAUCAUGUUUAGCUAAUCAGGUAGCCAAUCUCCUUGCCUCUGAAAGCCAUCUCCUACUGUAGCUCUAACUCCACAUUAACCUGAUUCCUGAGGAGGAGAGAGGAAAUGUGCUGAGGAGGCUAAACAUGUACAACAAUCCAUAAGCAAAGUCAGUGUGGCUUGCUGUUGUCAGUCCAAGCCUCCAGCAUUCACUAUGACAUCAUACAUUUACAUCAACUUUUUUUGCUUUCUCUUUCCAUUGAUAGAUACGAAUCUUAGAUUUCACAGUGCCACCCAUUCAGCAGUGAUGUGACAGCAGCUUCUUCCUGAUUUAUGGGCAUGAUGCUGCAUCUCUCUGUGCAAGGCAGAAUACAGGGCUUGAGUCUGGGUAUCCGAAAAGGGCUGGCUUGGGUCAGAUUAGCCUACCCAACAUCUGGACUCUGGAGCCUGUCCGUAGCACCGCACACGUCCCCAGGCCCGGAUAAGCUUGUCAGAUUUGCGGACAUGAGAUGGAGCUUAGCCUAUGCGCUAUGCAGGGGUUGUGUGCAAGCUUGAUACUUUAAUUUCGAAAUGCUUUGCCUUUGGCAAAUCCUUCUAUUAAUCUGCUGAAAACUUCCUCUGACUGAGUGGUAGGCCAGUGUAUGAAUAGAGAGCCUCUAUGUGUUUCUGUCUGUUUGGGUUCCUUUCACUGUGAUUAAGCCAGGCCACACCACGCCAGCCUCCCUGAUGCCAUCGCUGAUUCCUGUAGCCUGUGUGUGUGCGGGUGCGUCUGAAGUGGCCUCAGUAAUGGAUAUUUACGAGUCUGUCAGUGCCACAGUGUUUCCUCUAGAAGAAUUUGUAGCAUUUGGGGGAAAAGGUGUUGACCCCCUUGUUUUCGGCAUCCGGGGUCCCCUCCGGAGAAUUUGUAUGUAGAAGGACUGAGAAGCUCAGUUCUGGUGACUUUUUAAAGGACAUUCUACUCCAAAAUGAAUAAAAAUUAUGAUGACACCAUCUAAAAUAUUGUAAAAUUAUUUUUAACAUAUUGGACCAUGCAUAUAGCUUGUGCGUGGUCCAUAUUAUCAGGUAUACUAUUGGCAAUAAGCAUUAUAACCUGUAGCCCAACUGAUGCAGCAUAGUGGCUAUAAAUAAAUAGGGGCUCCGAAUUAAGAAUCAAAGAUGUCUGCAGAAAGAAUGGGGUGUCAGCUAUGACAUGGCACCUUGAGUUUGAAAUUGAACUACAGUAAGUGAAGUGGAUUUACACAUAAUUAUGGAUAUAAAUGACAUUUUCAUGUUUCACAAGUUUGGACAUCACAGUGCAUUAGAGUACAGUAGAGUUCAGUACAGUAGAGUAUAGUUCAGUGCAGUACAAUAUACCGCACUGUAUUAUACUGUACUUUUCUUUAAUGUACUGCAUUGUACUGUACUAUUGUUUUAUACUGUACUCUAAUGUGCUUUACCCACUGUACUGUACUGUGCUAUCCGAACUGAAACAUAUGCCUAUUGAUCAGAUUUGGUCCAGUCUGGUCCGUCUAUGGACGUUAAGAUCAAGGCCAGGGUGGACUGACCAAAUUUUAAAUACUUUUCGACAUUCGGUGUCGGUCGGUGCUCAGUGGGUGAGGAUGCUGGUUACAGUAAAUGGAAAGAGAUGGGGCUCAUGGGUAGGUGUCAGUAAGAGCUGAGAGAGAGAGAGAGAGAGAGAGAGAGAGAUCCCAUUCCCAUUGUAUAUAACUAAUUGGUAGGUCUACCAUUACUUGUUACUUCUGGAACUUUUAUUAUCCUCCAUCCUCAUGAGGGAGAGAAAUUAGAAAAAAUCUUAAAGAUACAGUGAGCUCCAAAAGUAUUGGGACAGUGACAAUUUUGUUGUUGUUUUGGCUCUGUACUACAGCACUUUGGAUUUGAAGUGAUACAAUGACUAUGAGGUUAAAGUGCACUGUAAGCUUUAAUAUGAGGGUAUUGUCAUCCAUAUCAGGUGAACCGUUUAGAAAUUACUUUUUGUACAUAGUCCCACCAUUUUAGGGGACCAAAAGGAUUGGGACAAGUUCACUGAUGUGUAUUAAAGUAGUCAAGGUGUAGUAUUUGGUCCCAUAUUCCCAGCAUGCAAUGAUUACACUAAGAUUGGGACUCUACAGACUUGUUGGAUGCAUUUGCUGUUUGUUUUGGUUGUGUUUCAGAUUAUUUUGUGCCCAAUAGAAAUAAAUGGUAAAUAAUGUAUUGUGUCAUUUUGGAGUCACUAAAUAAGAAUGGAAUAUGUUUCUAAACACUUCUACAUUAAUGUGAACGCUACCAUGAUUACGCAUAGUCCUGAAUGAAUCGUGAAUAAUGAUGAGUGAGAAAGUUACAGACGCACAAAUAUCAUACCCCCAAGACAUGCUAACCUCUCACCAUUACAAUAACAGGGGAGGUUCCCAUUUUUGGGCGGUAUGAUAUUUGUGCGUCUGUAACUUUCUCACUCAUCAUUAUUCACGAUUCAUUGAGGAUUAGCCGUAAUCAUGGUAGCAUCCACAUUAAUGUACACUAUGGGGUUGUCAGAUAUUUCUAUUCAUUACUUGUUUUGUUUUGCAGAGGAAAAGUAAAUGUGGACGGUUCUAGCAUCUUCAAAGUGCGCCUCGGCAGAAAUAUGUUUUGGGUGUGGCAGCAAUGACUGCAGUGGAAACACUGCAAUGCCACCACACCCCCAUUUACACUAGGAAGCGGCAUUGCGGGGUGAAACAUCGGAAGCAAGAGAAGCAGAGUAGGCAGGGGGAACGUUGAACGAUGUGAGCAUGGGCGAGGGCGCUAAUGAUGGAUGGAGAGGCAAGGCUUUCGGAAUGAGUUUAAGUUUCCAGUUUUAUUAGUCGUAUGUACAGGAUAGACAUGGUAUACACCGUCCAACGAAAUGCUUACUUGCAGGUUCCUUCUCCACAAUGCAACAACAAUAAGAAAUAAUACAAGAUAAGAAUAUGAACAUGAAGUAAAUGUCUCAGUAGAAUAGAAUAAACAUUUUAGCAUUAGUAUAAUACAGGAAGGCACCAUUUAUAGUCCAAUAUUUACGGCUCAAUCAAUUGACAUGGAUAGGCCCACUACUAGUCCAUAUUUUAUACUGGAGGAUAGAGGGGAGAAAUUAUAAACUGAUGCUCUACUGUAAUGUAUCCUACAGUAAGUGCCAGUGUAUAUGAUUCCCUGUGAGAUUAUUUCUAAGUAAAUAAAUCAUGUGAAAGACAAAUGCCUUCUCUGUUAGAUCUGUGAGGGGAGAACCACAAUGCACCAUUCUCCAGGCUGGUAUUUUUAAACAGAGAGAGAACAGUUCUCAGUGCUUUUGGUGUUUCUCGUUGAAAUAAAAAAAUGUCUCAUUAACUUGUUUAUCUAAACAGAACGUGUUUCGUUCCUGGGAGAAGAACCAGAUCUAUGAUUCAUCUUGUGUCCCUGUGUAGGGGAAACAUUUUCUCUCGGUCUUGCUUUCUUUUCUAGCUUUCCUUCUCUGAAGGCGUGUCAUUCUUUCUGCAUUGUCUGCCAGUUUUAUUAGGUCUCUAUGGUUACCAAAGUUCAUGAAGUUGCUGAAAAGAAGAAUAGAAAAUCAACAAUGUAGCCUAAAAGCAACGUUUUCUCCGGCAAAACCCAGUCCCCGGAUGAUGCCUCUGACUCAGUGAACAAAAAAACACAAGUUCAAGGUUUUAUUCACGGGACUUCCUAUUUGAGAGAGAUAGAGAUUAUUUUUUGGGCCUAAUAGUAAAUCAAAUCAAAGACAUGCAUUUGAAUGGUAAACAUGUAUUACCUUUUAAUGUGGCAUCAACACAAACCAGUCAUGAUGUUUUCAUCUGAUUGCCAAACGAAUCACUUCAAAAAGUAGGCUACCUGCGCACGUUCGUCCACUCCAAAAUAAUUCCAGCAUCCAAACAGUGCACUGUGCACCUGCCAUUUGAUGAAGGGAAAGAGACGUCUGUUACCAAAAAGUGUAAUGACAUUCGGCGAUUGUCAUUAGGCCUACCCUCUUGUAGCCUGAAUUAAUUUAUGCAUCUUGCUGACAAAUGGACCUUUUUUGUAAAGGGCAAAUCCACGGUAACAGAAUUGCACUAUGACUCAGAUUUCUCACUUAAAAUGUAUACCCAACAAAAACCAUUGAUUUCAAGUUUAACAAACCAUACAACUCUAUGCUCAUGGUCUACUUUUAAUAGUUAACACUGAAACUUUUACUAAAACACAUUUACUGGAAGAACCGUGCAGAUACAUGGUAAAAUAAUUUUGUUAAAAUCUCCCUCAGUUUUUUGUGUCCACAUUAUCCAAAAACUAAAUUAAGAUUUGACAAUGUCUGCAGAAGGAAUGGGGUGUCAGAUAUGACAUGACACGACACAUUGACUUGGAACUACAGUAAGUGAAGUGGAUUUACACCCGGUAACGGACAUCAAAGUACAGCACAGUAGAGCUCAGUGACAGAACAGUUCAGUACAGAGUAGAGUACAGAGUAGAGAGUUCAGCAGAGUACAGUAGAGUACAUGAUAGUGUACUCAACUCUACUUUAUUGAAAUAUACUCUACUUUUCUUUACUGUACUGUACUCUACUGUGCUGUACUGUACUAUACUGUACUCUUCUUUACUGUGCUGUACUAUGCUGUACUGUCCAAACUUGUGAACCCAACUGUGGUUUGCGACUACUACUGUAUAAUUUCCCAUUGUAGCCAAUUAAAUUGCAGAGAUUCCGUUACAGAUUUUUCUGAAAUUCCGUUACCAAUUUGGUAACAGAAUUUUGAGUUUUAAUCACUUAAUAAUUCAUAAACAAAACGAAUCUGUUUGAGUAUUAUGUAAGGAGUUUUUUUUUUCAUAAGAUGUCUUGUAAGGAUGAUUAAUUUAUCAUUUUAUUUCCAUGGACAUCAUCAGCUGUUCACUAUAGAGGAGAAUUGUCAGUGAGAGUUGUCAGUGUAGUGGUCCAUUUAGAUCAGGGGGAUUGGACAGAAGGGAGAUGGUAAGAACGUUGAGUGGGUGAAGUCGGAGAGGAUGCCAGAGGAAGAAGAGCCAUCUGGAGAACUGGAAUAUUACCCCCCUCACUCUCACUCUCUCACUCUCUCUCUCUCUCUCUCUCUCUCUCUCUCUCUCCUCUCUCUCUCUCUCUCUCUCUCUCUCUCUCUCUCUUUCUCUCUUUCUCUCUUUCUCUCUUUCUCUCUUUCUCUCUUCUCUCUUUCUCUCUCUCUCUCUCUCUCUCUCUCUCUUUCUCUCUCUUUCUCUCUCUCUUUCAAUUUCAUUCUCCCCCUCCUACCUGUCUCAUCUCUCUCACUCUCUCUCGACACUUAGGCCUAUGCUGAGUAGGGUUAGUAAACUGACAUGAUUGGACAGGACAAUAAUCAAUUUCAAUGGACUAUCAAGUGUUUGUGUGGACCACAUGGUUAAGUACUGUAGAGUUGGUCUCCAUUAACAUGUAGGGAUGGGUUCUAGUGAGGAUCAAUAACCUAUUAGGCCCAUGUUUAAUGAUCAUAAUGUUGCCAUUACAGUCAGCCCUUAAGAUAAAACUAUCCCUCUGGAAUGGACUAGGAUUGUCAAGUUGAACCAUGUCCUUAGUUGGCACAUCCCAUGUUUCCAGUUGACUAGCCUCGCUUGCAUACAGUCUGUGAUACUAUCACCUAUGCCAUGCGAGUGGUGCUGAUGUUGUGUAUCAAUAUGUGACCGUUUAUGUAUUUCUCCUACAGGGAGCCGGUCCAUGCUAACUGUGUACGCUGGAAGAAGAGAUUCUCCUUCCCCUGUAAGAUGAGUGCCACCGCUGGGACGGGCGUGCUUGACCCCUGUGUGUGCCGCGUGUCUGUCAGGAAGGUAUGACCCUCAGACUCCUAUUCAACCUGUACAUUCUGUUCCUAUUAAUGUUGUAAAACCUCAUCUGGCAAAUAGAUUGGCAUAAGGCAUGUCUCUAAAGUUUACUGGUAGCUGCUUUGUCACUGUUUACAUUCAAAUGAUUUCAUGAUUUCACUAUUUUAUUUGGUAGGAGCUGAAGGGUGGGAAGACGUACGCAAAGGUACUGUUUCAGAUUGAUUCCUUUUUACACUCUUCUUGCUUUCUUUCCCAACACAUAGUUACAUUGAAUCAUUUAUGCUUAGUGAACAGAUUGCCUUCUCUGCCUGCAGGUAGUCUAGAGUUGGUGUCACAGUUAAGCUCUGUCCAUGUGGUACACUGUCAAUUAUUUAUUCUAGUGGUAAAAUAUUUACCCUCUAAAAAUAUUCUCAUCAUGCACACUUAGGCCUACAGGAAGUGAAAAAACACUAAUUUAUUACGGUGUUAAACAAUUAAAAUUUGAAUGAUUAGCUUUUACAUUAAAAGGGAAAUUACCUAGAUAAUAGCCAGUAUAUCCAAUUAAAGUUUACGCUCCAGAGACUAAAAAUUGUAAAUUAGGUUUUUAUUUUCUCCUAGAGGUUUAAAUCAAUAAAGUCAGAGAAAAUUGAUUAGCCAAAGAUUCUUCCUCUGGUUUCUCUAUAGAGACACUGAAAGGUUGAGGUACAGAAAGAGAUUCAUAGGAGAAAAACAACAAAGCACACAACACUACCCUGCAGCUCUGUCUGGAAGUUAACCUGAUCCUCUCCUCAGCUUGGCUUUGCAGACCUGAACCUGGCUGAGUUUGCUGGUUCUGGGAACACGACACGCAGAUGUCUACUAGAAGGUUACGACACCAAGAACACCCGGCAGGACAAUUCUAUACUCAAGGUACUGAUGGGAGAGAUGGGUUUCUAUCAAUUACAGUAUAUCAUAUCAGUCUUAGCUGUUUUUUUCUAGCCUGGUCCCAGAUCUAUUUGUGCUGUCUUGCCAAUUCUUAUCUUAUGGUCAUUGUCAAGCGAGUUGGCUAAACCGCACAAACAGAUCUGGAACCAGGCUAGGUUUUGUCUGUCAGUGUCAAGAGAGCUCAAACCUCUUUCUUUUUGUAACAGGUUAUCAUCAGCACACAACUGAUGUCCGGGGACCCCUGUUUUAAAACGUAAGUGGUGCCUUCAUAAUACUGAAGGCCUAAUAAAAUGAAGGCCUAUUAUGAUUUGGUGGUGUUUAGAUACGAGAAACGUUUAAAAUGCAAUUGAAGAAAAUGCAGUCAGAUUUCCCCCUACAGUAAAGCAAACACAUUCAGAUUUGCAUAGCAUUUCCCUUUGAGACCAAUGUUUAUCCACCCACCUACACUGCAGCAAGGGUUCCUUCCUGCUUCUCUCUGAUAGGCUACAGUUGUGUGGGGGGUUUAAGAAAGGAGAAUAAUUCUAUAGUAUUUAUUUGUAAUACAGAGUAGGAACACAGUGGGAGUCAUUUAGAUUGUAGGUGAGAGAAAGAACAUUUCAAACUAAGCAUUCACCAUGAAAGCAAUUCAUGUCCUCACUGAUUUAGUGUCCUACAUUUCAGGUUACAUAAAACUGUCACCACCACUUUAGAGUAAAUACUGUGUUAUACUGUAAAGUCUAGCAAAAGGAAAAGGUUUGCAAAUACUCUUUCAAACCAAGGGCGUAUUCAGUUGGUUGCAAUGUUGUAAAUAGAAAUGUGGCCUAAUCUUGCACAGAGAGAUGUCCCUCUUGGACAUGACAGAGAAUCAUGUCUGUUCUUAGAUAUGUAUCAGUUAUUUCUGUGGUGUUGCAUCCUUCUGAAUAAACUCCAGGUCUUGAGGGCUUUCCUGUUAGACUGUUUGUGUGAGGAGUGUGUAGCAUGUGGAGUCAGGGAUCAGCACAGCGUUAGAGAAGGCUUUACAUGGGAUGAAGCCAGGGGGACGUGCUCAUCUCUCCAUCCCUGCAACACUAACGCAGGGCCAUUUUGGCCCAUGUCCAUGUUCGUGUGGGAGCGUUUCCAAGAAUGUGAGGAGGAUUGCACCCAGCUGCUGUGCCUGUGUAAACUUAACUAGAGCAGACCAGGGUGGGGCGAUGAAACAGUGGUCACAGCUGAGUUGGCUGGCCAAGUACCACAUCCUGUACAGGGCUAUAACAGCAGACUAACAUUCAGGGUAGGUCUAUAGUCUCACUGUCUCUAGGGGGUCUGGAUGACUGUGAAGUUGUUUCAGCCAUCUAUUCUGAGAACACAUGCCCAGUGUCACAGGCAGCCACACUGAUACAGUGGGGAAAAAAAUUAUUUAGUCAGCCACCAAUUGUGCAAGUUCUCCCACUUAAAAAGAUGAGAGAGGCCUGUAAUUUUCAUCAUAGGUACACGUCAACUAUGACAGACAAAAUGAGAAAAAAAAAUCCAGAAAAUCACAUUGUAGGAUUUUUAAUGAAUUUAUUUGCAAAUUAUGGUGGAAAAUAAGUAUUUGGUCAAUAACAAAAGUUUCUCAAUACUUUGUUAUAUAUCCUUUGUUGGCAAUGACACAGGUCAAACGUUUUCUGUAAGUCUUCACAAGGUUUUCACACACUGUUGCUGGUAUUUUGGCCCAUUCCUCCAUGAAGAUCUCCUCUAGAGCAGUGAUGUUUUGGGGCUGUCGCUGGGCAACACGGACUUUGAACUCCCUCCAAAGAUUUUCUAUGGGGUUGAGAUCUGGAGACUGGCUAGGCCACUCCAGGACCUUGAAAUGCUUCUUACGAAGCCACUCCUUCGUUGCCCGGGCGGUGUGUUUGGGAUCAUUGUCAUGCUGAAAGACCCAGCCACGUUUAAUCUUCAAUGCCCUUGCUGGUGGAAGGAGGUUUUCACUCAAAAUCUCACGAUACAUGGCCCCAUUCAUUCUUUCCUUUACACGGAUCAGUCGUCCUGGUCCCUUUGCAGAAAAACAGCCCCAAAGCAUGAUGUUUCCACCCCCAUGCUUCACAGUAGGUAUGGUGUUCUUUGGAUGCAACUCAGCAUUCUUUGUCCUCCAAACAUGACGAGUUCAGUUUUUACCAAAAAGUUAUAUUUUGGUUUCAUCUGACCAUAUGACAUUCUCCCAAUCCUCUUCUGGAUUAUCCAAAUGCACUCUAGCAAACUUCAGACGGGCCUGGACAUGUACUGGCUUAAGCAGGGGGACACGUCUGGCACUGCAGGAUUUGAGUCCCUGGCGGCGUAGUGUGUUACUGAUGGUAGGCUUUGUUACUUUGGUCCCAGCUCUCUGCAGGUCAUUCACUAGGUCCCCCCGUGUGGUUCUGUGAUUUUUGCUCACCGUUCUUGUGAUCAUUUUGACCCCACGGGGUGAGAUCUUGCAUGGAGCCCCAGAUCAAGGGAGAUUAUCAGUGGUCUUGUAUGUCUUCCAUUUCCUAAUAAUUGCUCCCACAGUUGAUUUCUUCAAACCAAGCUGCUUACCUAUUGCAGAUUCAGUCUUCCCAGCCUGGUGCAGGUCUACAAUUUUGUUUCUGGUGUCCUUUGACAGCUCUUUGGUCUUGGCCAUAGUGGAGUUUGGAGUGUGACUGUUUGAGGUUGUGGACAGGUGUCUUUUAUACUGAUAACAAGUUCAAACAGGUGCCAUUAAUACAGGUAACGAGUGGAGGACAGAGGAGCCUCUUAAAGAAGAAGUUACAGGUCUGUGAGAGCCAGAAAUCUUGCUUGUUUGUAGGUGACCAAAUACUUAUUUUCCACCAUAAUUUACAAAUUAAUUCAUAAAAAAUCCUACAAUGUGAUUUUCUGGAUUUUUUUUCCUCAAUUUGUCUGUCAUAGUUGACGUGUACCUAUGAUGAAAAUUACAGGCCUCUCUCAUCUUUUUAAGUGGGAGAACUUGCACAAUUGGUGGCUGACUAAAUCCUUUUUUUCCCCACUGUAUGCCAGAGCUUACCUGACUGACUGAUACUCUAAUCAGGCCGCUUUGAGAGGAGAGAAGAGUGGGGCGGACGGGUGAGGCAGAGGCAUUGAAGAGGCCGGGGUGAUAUUUGGGAUAAAGUAGAGUGGACAAUAUGUUAUUUCAGCCCCAGUCUGUGUUGGAAAAUGGCAAGGAACGCCAACUGCCCCUGGAGCAGGAGAUGACCCCAAAAUGUAUUAUGUGCUAUUGCCUUGGGCAGAUGACAGUAUCAAACACUGAGAGAGAGAGAGAAAAGGGAGGAAAGCAGGCUGUCUUGGAAGGUUUCAUAAAAACACUGAGAACCAGAGCAAAUCACUGACAGAGCUUUCAUUAAAAACCACUUGCAUGUAGUGAUGGUGCUUGAAUUUACUUACGACUCUUUCCGUAAUCAUAUUUUCAGUCAUUUGUGUUGCUGUGCAUGAACCAAUCCCCUCUGUUUGUCCUCCACAGUCCUCCUUCUACAGGCACAUUCAUCGGCGUCCAGGGAGAUGCAGAGAGCCUUCUGGAGGAGAGGAAGGGAGGGGACAACCAGAAGGCCUUCAUGGGUAAAACGAGACGAGUCUAACUACUCCUUAGGACUCCUCUUCUCCCACAGAACUCACCACAGUGGGUUUAUAUGACUCAGUCAGCGUUCCUCAGUGCAUCAUCAAAUAUAGCAGCUUUUAACAAACACAUGUCUGGCAAAUGUCCGGUAUAAUACAUCUCUGGCAAAUCAGAGGCAAGAGUAUAUAUAGAUGUUGGAACUUAAGUUGAUCACUCUUUUGUUCAUUGCUGAGAGUUUUCCUGCACCGCAGGAAAUGCAGAUGAGCUUUGUGAUUUACAUCAAUUCACUGAAAACCUGCACUAAUACACUGUUAUAUUAACAGUAUUCCACUUUUCAUGUAGCCUCAUUUUGACCAGCUAAUAGCCUAACCACCGAUCAAGCAACAUUAUGGACCAAACGUUCAAAUCCUGUUGCUGCAGGAUUAUUUUGCUGCGACAAUUCAGGUCAAAUUAAGAUCCUACAUCUGUAGGCCUAUUAAUCAAGGCACUUGCUUCUUCUUCUGUUUGACAAUUAAGAGUCAUUGGCUUAAAGAAACCCUGCCAGCUGCUGAGCUGUAUGCCUCAGAAAAUACAGACCCGGAGUGAGGAAAACCAGAAGUAAAAUGAUUGGAUAUAAAUGACUGUAUAUGGAGCAUUAGUUACUGACCAUUGUUCCUCUCAGUCUCUGUGAUUGAUUCUUGUGAUUAAUCUAAAUCUGCUUUUCUCCCUGGCUGCAGUAACUUUGAGAUGAUUUGUUCCUGUACUAAUAAUAAUAUUCUCUCGUUGACUCACUUCAGUCAUAAUUGAAUGGCAGACUGACUUGCUGUAUAACGAGCUGCACCUAUAGAUUCUCUCAAUCUUUAAUCCAAGCCUCAGCUGAUAUAGGAAUGUGAAUCUGUCUCGGUGUGAUUCAGCUGCUAUUAACGUGUCAUAUCCAACAUGUGUAGAAGAGAAGACCACUCUUCUCCUCUCCCCUCGCUCUUUCUCUCUCUCCCUCUCUGUCUAUGAAGUGAUGUGUACUCUCAUCCCCAGGAGGCUUCAGAAAGCACUGCUCUUUCAUGUAUAAUUCAGGCUGGUUCUUUGAUGCUCUCUCUGAUCUCUCUGCCGCCGACCCUCACAUGGUUAUUGGUUAAAAAUAGGAACACACGUGUGUGUGGGAGGGGAGGUCCACAGUGAAAGUGAUUUUGAUUUAAGUUGUGUAAGUAACGGGAUGACAGAUGACUAUCGGUUUCCACUUUACUAUUGUCUGUUUGGAUGCUAUCACAGUGGUCCACCCUGUGAGCACAGGACUGAGGGAACAUAGACAUGGUCCCCUUUCACAGUGGGCUGGCCCUAGUUCAUCUCUUCACUCUGAAUACUAUUAUAGGAAUAUUACUGUAAUCCUAGUCCACUCUCAACCCAUUCCCAACCCCUAUGUCCUGUUUUAAAAACCUGACAGAGAGCCGGGAAGGAAAGUGUCCCUCUGUUUCCGAUGAACUUGGGGGCUCCUGCCAUUCCCGAACAUCCAGCUACGCUAGUCAGCAGUCUAAAGUCUCAGGUAGGCCCUCCUAAUACUCCCAACACAGCCGUGCUAAUGUACAAUGCAACAUGUAGCGUGGAGAUCUAGCUGUUGUGUGUCUCAUUCUCAACCAUGCUAACGUACAAAAUAGCUAGUCAUCACACAAAGUCCCAGUAAGGCUAUUGUCACUUCCAUACAGCCCAUUGUACAACUGUCUGUCUUAGCAUUUUGCUUUUCGCCGUCUUUUCACUCUUUUCUUUUUCUCAAUUUUUACUUUGCUGAAUUCCUCUGUCUGCAUGCCUGAUGUCUAUGAUCUAACCUUAACCUAUUUUGCUGUGGUAAUAUAUCUCUAUAAUUAAAAAAUAAACUAUGUUGCAUCAGAAACCUAGUUUAUUGUGGUAAACUAAUACAAAUAAAAUUCUUGACAUCAGUAUCCUAUAACCAGACACACAGGUGGUCUGGCUAGUGAAUGAAGACACUGUUACAGGCAGAUCAGAUCCCCUAUAAUGAAGGGUCUGUAGGGAAGUGAGGAGUUCACUCAACUCCUCUGAUAGCCAACUCACUCUGAUAAACCCGCUCCUACCAUUUCUAAGGAGGUAGCUUCCUACAGACAUUAAAGCAAGAGAAAAGUCUAUUUUCUUUUUAGUUUGGAGAGUUGGUUUUAUAUUGGUUCGUUUUGAGAGUCAUUUCAGACACACAGUGGUUGGCUUGUUGUGAUCCUGUGGGGAGUAUUAGUAUGUGGGUGAUUUGUUCUCUUCACCGUAACCUAACUAGCUAGCGGUACAUUGAGACUGCAGUGUCUCUGCAUUAACAGUUUCCUGCAGACAUCAAUGCCAUGUGAGUGUGUGGGCGCUAGGCUAGCAUCCAUCUCUCUGCUGUUAAAUCAUUGAUCACGCCGCAAGGCUUCAAUCUGCUCCACACUGAGUCCUUUUCCAUAACACAAAACUGUUCUCUAAAAUGGUGAAUAAUUGAUGUCACCUAAUUGACAUGGUGUAUGCAAGCUUGUGACUCUUUUUUUGUGUUUGUGUGUAUAUGAGUGACCAUGUACUUAGUGUGUGAGUAUGUGCAUUAUGCCUUUAUGUUAAUGCUUAUUGAUACUAAUUAUCAAUAUUUUGAAGUAGCCUGCCUAUGUGUCUGAAUGCUUGUGUGUGCUCUAACCUCCUUGCCAUUACCCCUCUGGCCCUCUGUCCCUCUGGCCCUCUGUCCCUCUGGCCCUCUGUCCCUCUGUCCCUCUGGCCCUCUCCACCCCAGGCUACAGUACAGGUCACUCCCGCUCCUCCAGCCUGUCAGAGUGUACCCACCGCAGGAACACUUCUGUGGGCAGUGCCUCCACCGGCAUCGCCAGUAUCCUGGAGCCCUCUGACGACACUAGGGACACCAGGGACCAGAGGGAGAGCAGGGACCGGGAGAGGGGGGAGAGAGGAGACAGGGAAGCCAGGAUGGGGAUGAUGCCCCCUACUGCUGGGGCAUCAGCCUGCACAGCCCUGCCUGAACACCGCACCCCCACCAGUACCACUGGCUCCUGUACAGACACCCCGGUGAAGAGCGCCUCGUCCUGCGAACGCCUCAACAGGUGACUCUGAGAGACUCCCCUGAUCAAUGAUCCUGAUGCUAAUGCUAUCUUGAAAAAAAUAUUCUGUAAUCUCAAUGUUGACUUAGUAAUUAAACAAAGGAUUAAUAAAUAAACGACCUCACACCUGAGCAAGCUGCUGUACUGAGAUACCAGAGAGGUAGCCUAAGGCAGCAACAGUCUGUACAUUACUGUAUCUCAAUGACAUUUCUGACUUAUUGGACUAGUCACUCUUGUUACACAACAUUCUCAGCAUCACGGAUGUCACACAAAAAUAACAAAAAUAAGAUACCACUUUUUAUCUGAAGAGACUACAUGUAACCUAGGUGUUGUAACUUGAUCCUGUAUGUCUCACCACCAGACACCUGGUGAAGCAAGGCUCCAUGGAAGGUCAGAUGAUGAGGGUGGAGGCAUCGAGGGUGGAUGCUGAUGACGUGGUGGAGAAGAUCCUUCAGAGUCAAGACUUCACCCCCAGCCUGCUGGACUCCAGCCAUGAAGGUACCUAAGGACCUAGUCAGAUACCAAGUUACAGAGCCAGUCAGAGAUCAAGGCAGGUUAUAGUUUGAUCUUAGAGGGGUAGUUCUACCUCUACAGGCAGUUCUACCUCUGAAAUUGUAGUCUGGGUCUACAAAUAAAGUUGAAAGCAUGUUUGAGAUGUGGUAUUAGAAUUCAUGAAGUUAAAUUACACUCCAUUCCAAUAACAUUUACACCAGUAUUUAUCAGUGAUUAAUUCAAAUACUUUAUACAAGUUACCGGGAAAAUUGUCAAUACAAAUUAGUUGUAAUUAAAAUAUUAAAUAAUUUAACCUUUAUUUUAUCGGGGAGUCAUACUGAGACCAAGGUCUCUUUUACAGAUGAGUCCUGAAUUACAUAAAUGACAGAAAAUACACACAUCAAAAUAUAAAUACAACAUGCAAGCAGGGUCAUAAAAAACAAACACAUUGAUCAGUAAUAAGGUCCUCAAUCAGCUUUCUGAAUUGCCUUAGAGGAACCAGAACAUUUUGAAGAUCGUUAAACAAAUAAGGUGCAAGAAAACUAAAAGCUGAUUUACCUAACUCAGUAGAGACCAAAGGAAUUUCCAGAGUUAGCCAUCCCUGAGACUGGGUGUGGUAACUCAUAUGUCUAAAGUUUAGUAAAGAUGUUAGGUACAGUGGGACUUUUUGUAAAAGGGCUUUAUAAAUGAAAACAUAACAUUGUAUCCACCUACGUGACAUCAAAGAGGGCCAACCAACUUUCUGGUAGAGAAUGCAGUGAUGAGCACUAAAAUUGUCUUCCGUAAUAAAGCGCAGUGCGCUAUGUUAAACUGCAUCUAAUGGCUUUAAUGAAGUAGCAGCUGCAAUAAUAAUAAAUUAUAUGAAUAAUAAUAAUAAAGUAAAAAUAAAGUAAUAGUAAUGAAGUUGCCUCCACCUUGGUGACCUCAGUGGUGGAGUAGUUUCUUACCAUGGUUGGUGGGUGUGAGAAUACCCUAUGCAGAGGGGGUUGAUGGGGUUUCUAUCAGCAUGUUUUUAAUGUAUCUCUACUGAGGAAGGAUUGUGUUGCUGAUACUCUUCAAGGUCCCGGCCUCCUCUACAACGAGCACAAUGCUGCUUGAAUUAGAAUGCUCCUGUCAAUACUGGAUUCAUUUUUGGAUCGCCUAGCAACCAGGCUCCUGAUGAGGAGUGUUGAUGUUCCAUCUGCUAAAUAAAUUAAAGCUGUUUCACCACAAAUGCCACUCAAAGUUUCUGUGUGUCUGUUUCUGUGUGUGUUUCAGAGGAAGGCCUGCGGUUGUUUGUCGGUCCCGGAGGAAGCACUGCCCUUGGAAGCCAUCACCUGCCUACCAGGUAGCCUAAGUCUUUAACACAGUUACGCUCACAAUAACUUAAACUUAAAAUAGGAUAUAUCACAUUUAUUCAUUUAUAGAUUUGUUUAUUAAAUUAUUACAUAAAAUGCUUAUUUAAAUUCAACCCAUUUUCACCCCUCACUCAGGUACUUACUUAGAUGAUGGAUUGUAAUUGCUAAUUUGUCCUGUUUGUUUUAGGGUUGGUGCUGGUGCAUAUGAACAGGUGGUGAUUAAGCGUUAGGCCUAAACCCCACCAGGAGGAUGAGUGGCACAGCUGAAGUCCAAAAGAACCAUCAGUGGUUUUUAUCUUUCUUUAAUUCCAGCAAGCACAUUUUAUCCAACUGAACUGGCCUGUCAGAAAUGGACUGCAACAGCGCCCUCUGGUGUGCGUACAGACUAUGUGCACUGGCUGUAGUCCUGUUAGAUUAGCUCAGUGAAGUCAAGAAGAACAUCACCACGCCUCCAUCUGGGAAAGGAUUCAGACUAUUAAAACCUGCAGUUUGAGGUCACAGGAAAACCUGACCUUUUCAACUGGAGAUCAAAGUGAUUUGGUUCUGUGUUUGUCACCAGAAUGAAUGAAGCCUUAGCUGAAGAGGAGGAUGAUGCCAGGCUUUUUCAAUACAUUCCCUAGUUAACACUAGUUCCCUAGUUUUCAGUCCUUUGGUUUUUCAACAAUGUUGUUUUUUAUUUGGAACUGCCUUUUAAUUUAGGAUUUUAACUUUUGUCCACCAAUAAGCUGCUAAAAUGUGUGUGUGUGUGCGUGCA